UUGCCAAUGAUGUUGCAUGUUACAUAAUACACAGUGAGUCAAGUCCUGGUGGCUGGUACUGGCCGCUUGUGAACAGUGUGACGAUCAAGAUUCCAGAUUGUCAUGAACUCCUGGAGCACAUUGUGCUUGUUGAUCUUCCUGGAACUGGAGACUGCAACAAGACUAGAGAUGACCUGUGGAAAACCAAACUGACAGAGUGCUCUUUUGUGUGGAUUGUGAGUGAUAUUAAUCGAGCAAGCACCGAUCAAGACCCCUGGGGGAUAUUAGGGCACUGCAUUGAAGAACUGGGACCAAGAGGAGAAUGCAAAAGCAUCAAUUUCAUCUGUACAAAGACAGAUGUUAUAAAUCCAUCAGCCUAUAUGAGAUCUGCGCGGCUUACUAAAGACCAAAUCUCGGGAGACAAAGAUCAGAAAAAAGUUUGCAUACUUCAUAGAAAUGAAAAUGCCAAGACAAGAGUCAAAGAAAACUUUGAAAAUUCAGAAAUCAAGAAGAGAUUCAGGACUGAUGAUCAUUUUCUUAAUGCUUUUACUGUAAGUUCCAAUGCCUUCUUCGACCACAAUUUAAAUCUGGAACCUAGUGAAACAGAAAUACCAAAGCUGCAGGAUGAUUUGAGGAAUAUAAACAAGAACAUUAACAGAGAACUGACCAGAGAUUAUGUAAAUGAAGCGAAGGGAGUUUUGUCCUUGAUCCAAAGUGUCCAACUGGAUACAGACAAGAAAACGAUUGAGACGAAAGUCAAAGUCCACAUGGAAUUUGAGAAGAACUUAAUGGAGGCACUAAAUGAAUUAAACAAUCGUUUUGACAGCAUUUAUAAUGAUCUGGAGAAGUGUCUCUCAAAGGGAGUGGAAGAAUCAGUGCAAUUAUGUGUUGCUUCCACAAAUGAACUGAUAGCACCUAAUAUAGAUAAAAGAGGAUUCCAUAAAAUCCUUCAAGCUUUGUGCAAAAAUGGAGGAUGUUACUGGUCAAAAAAUUGGGAUGUAGUCCUAGAUCUGAACAGGCAGUUGGCCAAACACUUGGAUGAAUACAUUCAUGAAUAUUUCGAUCAGAUUUUUCCUGUCAAUGGAAAAACAGGGAAGUCAGUGCAGGAACAGAUCGAUAAGUUCAGUAUCUUCCAGAGUGACUCUGUUUACCCAAGCUCUGACAUACUACAUUAUAUUCAGAACUUCAUCAAAACUGAGGAAACCAUACUGAAGGCAUCACUCAACAUGGAUGUUGUUGCCAUGAAGAAGGACAUCUACUCAUCAAUCAAAAAAACCAUUGAGAAUGAAAUGGCGUCUGGCUAUAAAAAAGCUGCAGCUCUAAGAGGAACAGGAUCCAUGAACGAAAGGCAAAUACUGUUAAUAAACACGGUUGAUGAGAGAAAACAAGACAUGUUCAACAAAGCAAAAAUUGAAAUGCUUAAAAAGUUCAAUAACCUAAAGCUCUACAUAAAGGAUGCUCUUGAAUCAGGACUAAAGAGAGCAAUGGAACUCUUACUGUCACAAACCAGCAAAUUCAAAUGGAUGGAUGUCUCCACAGAGAUUAACGAGCUGGAGAGACUGUCAGAGCAACUGUCGGACUGAUGUGCAUCAAGCAAUAAGAAACCCAAGAGAAAUGGCACAAAUUACAAAAGAAACAAACACAUAAAAAUACACAUUUUCACUAAAUGUUUUCAUUAUUUUAACAAUGAUUUAUUGUUUUACUUAGACUUGUCUGUUGGUAUAUUGUUUCUGUACUUUGUUUGGUGGAAGGUGUAUUUACCUUAACUUUUGGUUUUAUUUUAGAUGAAAACGGCAUGAUACAAAAACUGUAUUUUAUUGAUUUAUUGGUCUUUUUUUAGUCACAGCUGUCACAGUUACAGCAAGAAACAUAAAUGACAUUUAAAAGCUUGGUGUAAUUAUCCAGUGUUCCAUAACCUUACAUUUAGAAGCAUUUAGAGACAUGAGAAUAUAGCAAGGGUUUUCUGGGGGGAAAUUUCUGAAACAUAUGCAGUGGUAUCUAAGCAACAGAUCUGUUUUUUCAUUAUCCUGUUAAUAUAAAGAACAUAGCUUCUCAUGUGCAUCUUUUAUCUUUGAAAUUACUUGAUUUAUUUAGCAUAAAAGUGCAUGUAUCAUUUUAGCUGUGUAAGGUUAGGAACAACUGUAAGUGACUGAACACAAGCAGAAAUGCUGAAAGCAGCAGUCAAAUCAGAGAAAGCUGUUUAUCAGGA